GUGCGACAUAGACUCAUCACACUCCUUUCGUUCGGAACCGCGCUAGACCAGCUGCGAAUAUCACGCUCCUUGCAUUCACUUUGGACCUUCUGUUUUCUUCGAUCUCUGCUAGUCCUGCUGUCUUUGUGUGUAGAAUACUUGCAUCGAAUCCUUAUCUAUCAGCAUCAAGGGGUCGUGUUUCUCUUGAGCGAGCUUCAGCGGCUUGACCUUCUCCGCGUAAGUUGUCCACGCCACGAGGAUAAAAGGACAAUGGACGCCAUUCACGGCUCCUUUCACCAUCCUUUGCCCUUUACCACCUUCAGUACGCUGUUCAUUUGAAUAGCGCCUCAUCAUAGCUAUGGUUCUCCCUUUUAUGGUGUGCAAGAACCUGCGCGACCUCUUCAUGUUCAAGUAUGUGAUUUCUUCUUCGGAACGAGAGGUUUUGUAUCAAGCAAAGGCAGUUAUGGGGGGGAAAGACUCGGACUCUCCUCUUCUCGCCAUUCGAAGGUAUACGGUCGCCAGCGGCAUCAGCACGUUUGGACAAAUAAUGAGCUACACAUUGGACAUCCUUAUUAAACGUUGGGUUUCCAACGAGCAUAUCGCGGAGUUGAGAGCAGUGAUUGCAUCUAACAAUGAAGUAUACGUGGUUCACGACUACAUCGAGCAUGAUCUACAGCAAAUUAUUCAGUACCGCCGACUCGUACACAUCACUUCUCUCCCGGCUCCUUUCAUCAAAUCCGUGACAUAUCAGAUAAUGCAGGGUGUCGCUUUCCUGCACGAUCACGAAAUAUAUCAUCGAGCCCUGAGGCCAAGCGCGAUCCUGAUCACUCAAGAGGGUGUCGUGAAAAUCGGGAACCUGGAUAGUGCAUGGACUUCAGAAUCUCAAGCUGAAAGUGGUAGAUACCUGCCAGAAUUCAGGAAUUCUCAACAAUUCUUUUACAUUUCGUACCUGGCACCAGAGCUCCUCCUUCUGGAUGAAUGGACAACUAGUGCCGCAGAUGUCUGGGCUGUCGGGUGUGUUAUGGCUGAGAUGGUACUCUUGCGACCCAUAUUCCAAGGCCCACGUCGUCAGCUUCGGAUCCACGAAGGGGUGGAAUUUGAUGAGGAUCUGCGGCCCGUCUUCAAUGCAAUUGAGCUCCUACUCGGGACCCCUCAACCGCAUAAUUGGCAGUACCUGAUAGGACUGCAGCACUUCGUGAAAUCGUACGCUCCGGCUCGACGAUCUCCAACGAACACCCGCCCGGCUCUCAAGCAACCAGCUAUUCCGACGAGACCUCGUCUGGAGGAGUGGUGCAAUCAUUAUAUGCCAAAUAGUGGAAGCUUCGCUUUUCUCUCAGAGAUCUUCGAUUAUGACCCCACCAAACGACUGACUGCCAAGGACGCACUGCAACAUCCAUGGUUUGGAAUCGAUCCAACACCCACAUCAGAUGUAUUCGAGGCUUUGUCCACCUUCGAGAAGCCACCUCAUCGUAACAUGCUCUCUGUUGAAAAGAGAUCACAGGCGGCAGCUAGGAGUGCUUCAUCCCGUAAAAGGGCCUAUUUAUAUGGAACAGCGAGAAUCACCGGCAUGCCGCUGUUGCUCGAUAACAGUUGUCUGCCAAAAAAUGACAGUGAACCACGGUCGCCUCAGAUGUCAACGAAGAAACGAGUUUCUGUAGAGACUGCAUCAACUACGCGCAAUGUCUCACAGAAAAAGUCGCGCACCCAUUGACUGUGCUCCUUGGUAUCAGGUUGAACCUUUCUCAAGUUGGCUUUCAAUACUAUAUUACUAUGUGUAGUAUAGUCUACCCAUGAGUCGAAGAUACUUACUUCGUUUGUCUGCGUG